UUGAGGCACCAUCCCUUCCCUUUCCCGGCCACUUCUCGCACUUGUACCCGCUCUGGUGGUACGCCCUGAGUGCUGGUGUAGAGACCCGGGGAGCUCUCGACUGCUUAGCCCUUUUUGCAAAGAGGCGAGGAGUGAGAGGGGGCCAGGCCUUCAAGCGGUGUGGGUGGAAAAUCAGGACCAUGUGUGCAGAGUGGUUUGGGAAAUUAGUUACCGUGGCGUUGGUCUUUGCAAGCUUUGAGCCGGCCGUGGGCACAGAAACCACCAGUCCACCGGACGGUGCCCAAGACAGAGCUCCUCACCAAAAAGGGCGGCUGUCUUUGCAAGAUACAGCUGAAAUCCAGCACUGCCUGGUCAAUGCUGGUGACGUGGGAUGCAGUGUGUUUGAGUGCUUUGAAAACAACUCCUGUGAGAUCCGAGGCUUACAUGAAAUCUGUAUGACAUUCCUUCACAAUGCUGGAAAAUUUGAUGCCCAGGGGAAGUCUUUCAUUAAAGAUGCUCUGAGAUGCAAGGCUCAUGCCUUACGGCACAGAUUCAGCUGCAUCAGUCGCAAGUGCCCCGCCAUCAAGGACAUGGUCUUCCAGUUACAACGAGACUGCUAUGAGAAGCACAAUCUUUGCUCUGCAGCUAAAGAGAACGUCCAUGUCAUUGUGGAGAUGAUUCACUUCAAAGACUUGCUGCAGCACGAACCAUAUGUCGACUUAGUGAACAUCCUGCUCACUUGCGGAGAGGAGGUCAGAGAAGCCAUCACACAGAGUGUCCAGGCACAGUGUGAACAGAAUUGGGGUAGCCUGUGUUCUGUCUUGAGUUUCUGCACUUCAGUCCCACAUGGAGAUUCUGCCCUGGAACCCGAGAGGAAACCAAAUGACAUCUUCAGAUUGCCUGCCAGCCAAGGGGACAUCAUAGUCCACCCUGAAUCUGACCCCAGAGAGAACUCCCGAAGCACCAGAGGGGAAAGAGGUGGCAGGUUCCCAAUGAAUGCUCACACUCGCUCUAAAGCUGGGAGUCACAAUCCCAAAAUUGCUCAUGGAAUCAUUGAACAGGCUGAAGAACUGUCUGAGUUCUCUGAUAUCCGAAGGUGAAAGGAGGAAUACAGCCCUUCCUUCCUCCUCCACCAGAAACUUCCUCCAUUGAGUCCAUCUUCUUAUCUAGGGCCAUUCCAAAAAUAUUUACAAUAUAGAGGGGUGGUGUCAGGCACAAGGCAUUGUGGGAAAUAUGGCCGUGUCAGUGUAGGUAUUCUAAGCAACAGAGGAAAAGCAAUGGCUAUUAGUUAUUGAUUGUAUCCAGCAAAUUCAGUCUGUAGGUACAACAGAAUGUCUUCAUUUAAAUUAUUUUAUCCCUUCAAAGGAGAACGUGAGGUUGGACACAGGGAGUGGUGGUGGUUUAUUUCUUUGUUUAUCAGGGAUAGAGGAUGGACUUGUCUGUAUUGUCAUUUGUCCACUAUUGGCUCGAUGUCUAUAGUAGGUUCAGCAUUUAGUCUCUAGGCAGAAAAUAAUCAGUUCUUUGCUGUCUGAGGCCACAAGGUGGCUGCUAAAAUGGAGUUCUAUAUUGGAGAGCUUUCUGUUUCAAACUAAAACAAUAUCUCUGAGCCAUUUGUUCCUGCCUGGGUGAUACCACCUGCCUUAAGUGUCCCUUUAGUUGGUUUGUGUGGAUCACCACUAAUCUUUUCUCCCUAUUGUUACAGUCUCCUCAGGAAAUCAGGUGAUUACAUAACCGAAUUAUGGACAUGGUGACUGGAUCUUUUCAGCUGCCCUAGUUUUCAUAACCUGUUUUUCAGCAGACCAAAAUGCCACCUGGCUUUCUGACUGAAGCAUGUUUCCUAAAUAUGGGUUAUGGAUGCUCCACCAGUACUUGUUUAUACAUGCAGUACUUUUUUGGAGGCUUGAUGAAAAUCUCUUUUUUUUUCUGGCUACUUGUUAUCAAGACUAUGGAGGUUGGUGGGAGGGGGGGGACAGUGUUCCAAGCCUGCCUGAAGUGCCAAAGAAAUGGUAACACUGGUAGCCCAAACACUACAAAUUAUUUAAUCAGGUUAGUGAACUGAAAUAAGCGAGUCUUCCUGACAUUCAGUCCUAAAGACAAUUUCUUGAAAAUAAAGACACAUUUAUUUCUUUUUAAAAAUUUACUUCCAGUAAGAGUGCUUUAGAUUACACUCUCUGUGAUCCAGAGUUAAUAUGACACACUCCACCUUUCACUGUUGAAUGCAUCUGUUUAUCAUUUCCUGAGAUAAUUCAGGGUGCUGCAGACAUCAGCCACUGCACCUGAAAAGGAUGGAUGGCAGUAGGUCUUAAAUCCUAAGAAGCAGAUAAUGGGAAGAAGCAAGUAUAUAUAAAUUUUCUGCAGUAGUUUCCCAUUAGCAGAAAUCCAGUUUCAUAGAUUGAAGCCCCGGUCCAGAGGCUCCUUGUGAACCCCCUACCAGUUUAAUGUCAGUAAAACUCUGGGAAUGCACACAUGGAACAGGCCUUGGGGAACCUUUGGAAAGAAGAAUCACAUGAUGGCAAGCCAUUCUUUCUUGGUAAAGCUUAAUAAAAGAAGGCUCUGAGAACAACAGAACUGUAAAAUCCAGCCAAGAAAUUUUACAUUAUUUCUAAGGAAAUCAUCGAAUCCCAAGUGAUAAUCCUGCUGUUCCCAUUGAAGCAACCGCAGAUGAGGAACUAUGUAUGGUCACCUUACUAACCUGAACCCUCCUUUAAAAAUUAUCUGAUUGGAGGGUCAUUCAUGAACACUUCACCAUGCUGUCACAUGUAGGCAAAACCUAAGAAGGCCUGCUAGCAGGCCCAUUUUCUCACUUUACUCCAGUUUGUCUUUCAUUAGAUCAUAUGGGAACCAAAUACACACACACACCCCAUUGAAUAUCUCGCAUCAAUAGAUCACCUCAGCAUGCAUAUAAUUUAUCUUCAUUCUAGAGAGGUAAAUAUGUUUCCCCUUUAGCUUGGGCAAAGGUAAUGGAGGGGGGUUGUAAAAGGCCUAUUUUUUCCUCUGUAAAAAUUGGAUGUAUGUGUUCACCUACUGAUUCCACAUGUUCUUUUAUUGUAAGUAUUUAACGUUUCUAUUUAUUAUAGUUGUCUCCAUUUAAAAAGAAUUCUGAGCACUGCUGGCUAAGGUAAUUUAAAUAUAUGUCAGGACCUGUGUUGUAUAUAUUCAUGCCACUAGUAUGUUUUUGUUAUUGUUUAAAAGCAAGGAAAAUAUAAUUUUAUACGUUCCAUAAUGUUACUGACAGCAUAGAUGAUUUAUUUAUUGUUAACUUUC